UGAUUUUAAAAUCAGAACGAUAGAACUCGAUGGAAAGAAAAUUAAACUUCAGAUAUGGGACACGGCGGGCCAGGAAAGAUUCCGAACAAUUACGACAGCAUACUAUAGAGGAGCCAUGGGAAUUAUGCUGGUCUAUGACAUCACCAAUGAAAAAUCCUUUGACAAUAUUAAAAAUUGGAUAAGAAACAUUGAAGAGCACGCCUCUUCAGAUGUUGAAAGAAUGAUCCUGGGUAACAAAUGUGAUAUGAACGACAAAAGACAAGUGUCGAAAGAGAGAGGGGAGAAGUUAGCAAUUGACUAUGGGAUUAAAUUUUUGGAGACAAGUGCAAAGUCGAGUACAAAUGUAGAAGAGGCAUUUUUUACACUUGCACGGGAUAUAAUGACAAAACUCAACAGGAAAAUGAACGACAGCAAUUCAUCAGGAGCAGGUGGGCCAGUGAAGAUAACAGAGAGCCGGUCUAAGAAGACCAGUUUCUUCCGCUGUUCUCUGCUUUGAUGAACUCCUCAUUUCUGAGAGACUGCAGAAUACCUAGAGGGCCCUUCCCUGCCUCUCUGAAAGCACAGGCUACCCAGCCUCAGAGUCACUUCGCCCGGCUGCUGCGGAGAGCACCCCCGGAACUCACACAGACCGCCAAGUGGAUUCCAGCCUUGUGGCCUAGCAAAAGAGCGGACUCCUUUCUUUAAAAAACAGAAGCAGUGAUGUGGAGACACACAUAGGACCUAACUGGUUUUUCCUUGUUUUACUGCCUGUCCUGGAAGCUGCUGUCUUUCUUUGCACAUGCGUGUCAGCCUUUCCCUGGUACAGCGUAAUCUUAGACUCUUAACUGAGCACUUUAGUGGCAUAAAGUUCUACACUUGUAUAUUUGGGGAUGCUUAAAGACAGCAGAGCAUUAAACAGAGGUUGACCUGCUACAAUUAAAGGAUGGUUGGCUUGGGUCACAUGGCCAA